CCCGCGGGUCGGUGUGGGGGUUUGGCCGCUGCCCGGAGCGUUGGGGUGGGCUGAGGGGGCGGCGGGUUCCCCUCCGGAGCCAGGGCAUACUGCGUCCGCGGGGCCUUGCCGGGGGGGCUGGCCGUCCUUGGCGGAGAGCCAGGCGAUCCGCUCCCCCCCCCCCAGCUCCUGUCAGCCGGGGCUUGUCCCUCCGCCUUCCCGGGGGCUGCGUUGGGGCCCACAGGCACACGGGGGCUCUGAGGGAGCCUUAGGCAGCGGAGUACCUAGAGCCUCCCUCCCGGAGCCGGGUGUUGGCAGGUGAAAUCCGGUUCUCGUGAGCAGCUGUGUGGGAGCGGGAGGGAGGGUCUCGCCUGGGCUCCGAGGGGGCCGCUGGCGGGGGGAGACAUGGUUACACUCUGUGGUACCGCACUUCCUGCCUUGCCCUGGUACCUCCCGCUGCUACAGAAUCAGUAUUAAGUGCCUUUUUUUUUUUGCUCCCCCCCCUUUUUUUUUAAUGGAUGUUACUGAUAAUUUUUGCAGGUGUUAUGGUUUACUCUUGAAAAAGACAUUGGUAACUGGUUAGGUUCAGUGUAGUCAUGUCAGGAUCAACCCCAGAGGAGCCUCAGACCUCCAUUCCUCAAAGCACAGCUAGUGUUCCUGAUCCUGCUCCGGUUGCUGUUGGACCUGGAGGCUCAAGUGACAUUGCCUUUGGUGAGCAAAAUCUUAGCUUCACCACCACAGACGUCAGCCUGGUGGAGAUGAUGGAAAUUGAGUAUACCCAGCUGCAGCACAUACUUUACUCACAUACGGAGGCACAAGCUAGUGAAGGUGAAGUGGAAGCUAGGCUCAAUUCUUUCUCCUCGCCUGGUAAUUCUGCAGACCCCCCUGUGCACCAGACCUCACUGAACACCAGUCAGGAGGGGUGUUCAUCAAACAGCACUGGGAACCAGUUGGUUUACCCGGUUAUCUGUCAGUCGGGAUUACCUUCCAACAGCAAUUUGCUAAGCUCAAACCCGCGUUUGGGCUAUGCUGACUUUCAGGAGCUCAGAAUGAUGUUACUUAGCGAGUCUAACCUCCCUUUGAACCAAACGGAUAAAACGCCUAACAGUAGCUCUGUAGAAGUCCCAGGACACAGUUUAGUAAAAGUUAAACAUGGUGAAAAUUUUGUUGGGGCGAAUAAAGGAAACAUACUUGUUGAAAAUUCAGCACUGGCACCAGAGCCUAGAUCUAAAUCUGCAGUCAGAGUUCGGUUGGAAGACAGAUUCAACAGCAUCCAGACAGAAAACCCCAGAUGUCAAGAACCCCAAGAAUCUGGAGUAACUCUUAACAAUUUAGUAACAUUGAUUCGACAGCCGUCAGAACUGAUAGGUGUUCCUCUUCAUCAGCAAGAAAACAAGUGUGCUGCAUUAGGGAAAAAUAAGACUGCAUCUGCCACACCUUCUUUACAGUUCACAUACCCAUUAUUUACUAUGAAUGCGUGUUCUGCUGGAAGUGCUAAUCCUUCACAAGCACAGACCUCUGGAACGUCUUGCAAUAUUCUGGAAGCUGCCAAACAUCAAGACCUCGGGAUACCCAAGACAUUCUCUUUCUGCUAUCAGGAAGUUGAAUCCACAAAACAGACAGUAGGUGCUAUGAAUAAAGCUUUGCCUGAGGAAGUUUGGAUUAAAGUUGGAGAAGACACUUUAUGCAAGCAAGCAAUAAACAGAAGAAGUUGCAGCCGAAUAAGCCCAUCAGAUACAAACAUAGAUCGCAAACCUCUUAGUGAAAUUCAAAAUAUGCGUGAGGAUAGCCAGAGUACUGCAUCUGCCCAGGGUCCUUGGCAGGCAGCACAGUCAAAUUCAAGUGUGCAGGUGCAAAGUGGUACACAGGAUGGAAUCGCUCAGCGAAGAGAAAGACACAACCGCAUGGAGAGAGACCGCAGGCGCAGAAUCCGAAUUUGUUGUGAUGAGCUGAAUCUUCUGGUUCCAUUCUGUACUGUUGAUACUGAUAAGGCCACAACUUUGCAAUGGACAACUGCGUUUCUGAAGUACAUUCAGGAAAGGCAUGGUGAUUCUCUGAAACAGGAAUUUGAGACGGUGUUCUGUGGUAAAACAGGCAGGAGACUAAAAAUAGCAAGAUCAGACUCAUUUGUAACGUGUCCAGUGCAGGAAAACACACAUGGCUAUGGAGACCAAGUAGUCUGAACUGACCGCCUUGAACUGUAUGACAAGCGUGGCUAAAAAAGGCCCAAACUGUAUUUUAUUUUCUCCAUUUACAUGCUGAAUAUGAAUUGCAAACUAUAACUUGUAGAAAUAUAUAAACAGAGCUUUAAAGAAAACAUUUCUUUAUUCAAAAUGGAAAUGAAAGUUUAACUACCAGCAAUAGCAAUCAGUGCUCUCUUAAAGGGCUUUGGGACCAGAAGCUACAAGAAAAUGUCAUGACAGCUAGGUAUUUUUCCCCUUUAGUGAUGAAAAAAUAUGUUCUUUUUCUGCUUAUGGUUCUGCUUUGGGGGUUUGUUUUGGUUUUGGUUUUUUUUUUUUUUUAAAGAUGAUCCACUACAGUUAGGAAUAGUUGUAGAAC